AGAAGCACAUCUGUAUCUCGGAAUGGCGUUAACAACUGACGAGAUCUUUGAAAAGAUUGGGAGUUUUGGAAGAUACCAAUUCAUACUUCUCGGAAUAGUUGGUUACGUAGAAUUCGCUACUCUUGCACUUCAAGUAAUGAUCGUGACAUUCAUAACAGCAGAACCAGAUUGGAUGUGUGUGAAAGCAUAUAACAAUUCUAUCUGUAAUUUUACUGAACCAAUUGGAUUGACAAGUGAUAAUUAUGGAGCCAGAUGUGACAUGCCAAGAGAAGCAUGGAAAUAUGUCGAUGGAUUCACAUCAGUUGUCACUGAGGUAUGUAAGGGCUAACCUACUGACAUUUUAAC